AUGUUUAAUGUUUUCGUUUUUGUUGAUUACUGUUGUCAGGCUGACUCAUUACAUGUUCACGGGGUUGCAAUCCCAACAUUUGAUGGAAUCCGAAAUGUUCUGAACCAUAUUGGUGCUCAAAAAGAAGGGAAGAGGGUGCAAGUUCUUUGGAUUAACCUUCGUGAAGAACCGGUUGUGUACAUUAAUGGGCGACCCUUUGUUUUGCGUGAUGUGGAAAGGCCAUUUUCUAACCUUGAGUAUACGGGAAUAAACAGGGAAAGGGUUGAACAAAUGGAAGCUCGUUUGAAAGAAGAUAUCCUAGUCGAAGCAAGAAGAUAUGGAAAUAAGAUCCUUGUGACUGAUGAACUGCCAGAUGGCCAGAUGGUGGACCAGUGGGAACAAGUAUCGUGUAAUUCAGUGAAACCGCCCCUAGAGGUGUAUGAGGAAUUGCAAGCAGAGGGAUACCAUGUUGAUUAUGAACGUGUUCCUAUAACUGACGAAAAAUCACCAAAAGAGCUGGAUUUUGACUUUUUGGUCCAUAAAAUCUCUCAAGCUGAUGUAAAUACAGAAAUCAUUUUUAAUUGUCAAAUGGGCCGGGACGAACUACAACAGGAAUGGUCAUUGCUACUCUAAUUUACCUCAACCGAAUUGGAGCCUCAGGUAUUCCGAGGAGCGAUUCUGUCGGUCAGAUUUCUCAGUAUGCCACUAAUGUGGCUGAUCAUUUACCUGACUCAGAGGACACAGUUCGCGGGGGAGAAUAUGCAGUC